AACUUCUUAUUUCCAAUCCCAAGUGUCACUCUACUUACUCACCUCAAUCACUAAUUUCUCCAUCAUAUUUACCCUCCAAUAUGCACGGCACUCCCCUCCCCGCCCAGCUGGCUGGUCCACCUCUCAAUGAUCGCGAACUCGUUAUCGACGCAUGCUACCGGGCGUUCGCUAGUAUCGAUCACGCCGACAUGUCUCUCCUCGAUUCGGCGACCACAGAGGAUGUAUAUACCAACAUCGCGGACAAGAUCUGUGAUGGUCGCGAUGAGCUCAAGUCGAAGGUCUUAAACCACAUUGCAAACAACCUCGACACGGUACACUACCUUUCCAACAUGCGUGUUAGCGUAGACACACCGACCACCGCACGUGUCACCUUCACAGCCACCUCCGUGCACUGUGUGCUCGAAAAGGGAUUCGAACCUGGUCCCAACAAAUACACCGCCGGCGCCAUCUACGCGUGUGACGCUGUCAAGACCGACGACGAAUGGAGAUUGAAGAAGAUGCAGUCCCACCAUGUCUGGGGCGAAGGAAACAGGGCAAUCAUGAAACCCGAAAAUGCGGAGUAGAUCCUACUGAUCCUAGUCGCAUGUGUAUACUCAUGCGAACAAAUUUGGAGGAUGAAAUUCAAGUAAGACUUUACCGUUGCCUGGCGGGCGGCAUAUUGUUGGCGAUAUUCUGGGUCAUUCAGAUAAUGCGUG